ACCUGCAACCAGAGAGGGGGGGUUCUAGUGCAAAUGGGCGGUGUUUCCCCGUGGAUAAGGAAGACGUAACACUAAGCAAACAUAUUCUUUCUGUGGAUGCAGUUAAAUCGAGCACCAUGACUGUAACCACGUUUAACCAUAAAAACAUGGCACGGUGACAGUCUCCGAUUCAGUAAGCGUCGCUCGUGGGUCGUGCUCCGUCGUCAGCAGCGUGUCGAUGCCGUGGCUGAGAUGAGUGUGAAGGCCUUCGAGCUCGUCCCGGCUGUGGAGCGAGACCUCCUCAUGGGCGACAAAGCCCGCAUCAACAUCGAGUGUAUUGAAUGUUGUGGCAAGCACCUGUACGUCGGCACCAACGACUGCUUCAUUCACCACUUUCUCCUCGACGAGGUCGCCUCGCCCAUGGGGAAGCUGAGCUACUCAGCUCAGAAGCUUCUGAACAAAUACUUGGGCCUGAAGAAACCGGUGGCUGAGCUGCGGGCUGCUUCUGCUUUGGAGCGCCUGAUCGUGCUUUGUGAUGGGAUGGUAUUUCUUGUAGACAUGGUGACUCUGGAGAGCGUGCCCUCAGCGGCAGGAGGCGGAGUGAAGAUCAGAGGAGUGAUUGCCUUCUGCGUAAACGAGAACCCGGUGAACGGGGAUCCGUUCUGCGUGGAAAUGGCCAUACUCUCCUCAAAGAGGCGAACCGUGCAGAUUUACAUGGUGCACAAGGACAGGGUGCAGCUGGUCAAGGAGGUGUCCACUCCGGAGCAGCCCUGCGCCCUCAGUCUGGAUGGUUACUUCUUAUGUCUGGCCCUCACCACACAAUACAUGAUUCUGAACUACAACACAGGAGCCUCUCAGGACCUGUUCCCCUACAACAGUGAGGAGAGGAGGCCCAUCGUGAAGAGGAUCAGCAGGGAGGAGUUCCUCCUGGCUGCACCCGGGGGUCUCGGAAUGUUUGCCAAUGCAGAGGGGGUAUCUCAGCGGGCUCCGGUCAGCUGGUCAGAGAGCGUGAUUGCUGCGGCUGUGAGUUUUCCCUACGUGGUGGCUCUGGAUGAGAAUUUCAUCACCAUCCACAGCAUGCUGGACCAACAGCUAAAGCAGACUCUGUCGUUCAGGGACGGACACAUACUGCAAGACUUUGAAGGGAAGGUCAUUCUGGCCUCCACAAAGGCGGUGUACGUCCUGGUGCCUCUGCCUUUGGAGAGACAGAUCCAGGAUCUGCUGGCCAGUCACCGGGUGGAGGAGGCGCUCAUGCUCAUGGAGGGCGCACAGAGAAACAUUCCCAAAGACAAAUUUCAGGUUUUGCACAGAAGAAUCCUCCAGCGAGCGGGGUUCAUACAGUUCGGCAAGCUUCAGUUUCAGGAAGCCAAAGACCAUUUUAGGAAGGGUGAACUGGAUGUGCGGGAGCUGAUCUCUCUCUACCCGUUGCUGCUACCCGCUUCUUCCUCCUUCACCCGCUUUCACCCUCCUCUCCACGAGUUCGCCGACCUCAACCAUCUUGCACAGGGCGACCAGGAGAAAGUUCUACAGUGCAAGAGGUUCCUCAUCAGUUAUCUGAAAGAGGUACGGAGCACCGAGGUGGUGAAUGGCUGUCGGGAGGAUGUGGACACAGCCCUGUUGAAGCUCUACGCUGAACAGGACCAUGACAGCCUCUUGGACCUCCUAGCUUCAGAGAACGCAUGCGUGCUUGCAGACAGUGUUCCGUGCCUGGAGAAAUAUCACAAAUAUUUUGCGCUCGGACUACUUUAUCAUUAUAACGGUCAAGACUCCGCAGCACUACAGGUGUGGACUCGUGUGGUUAAUGGAGACUUGCAGGACUCCACCAGAUCAGACCUUUUUGACUACAUUGUGGACUUCCUGUGCUGCUGUUCCAAUCUGGACCUGGUUUGGAAGUAUGCGGACUGGGCACUGCAGAAAGAUUCCACUAAAGGUGUCCACAUCUUUAUAAGGAGACCGUUGAGCACAGAUCAGUCAGAACUAAACCCUGACAAAGUCAUUACCUACCUGGGGAAGAACAAGCAGGCGCUGCUUCUCUACCUGGAGCAUCUGGUGCUGGAGAAGAAGAUACAGAAGGAGAAGUUCCACACUCACCUCGCCGUGUUGUACCUGGAGAGGGUUUUAUCGUUGCUGUCAGACUCAUCAGCAGAUGCAGAACCAUUGACCAAAGCAAGAGAGAGACUGCAAGCGUUCCUCAGGGAGUCCAACUUGUAUCGUGUACAGUUUCUUUUAGGAAAAAUUGAGGACUGUGAACAAUUGCUGCUAGAGCGUGCAACACUACAUGGAAAACUAGAGGAGCACGACAAAGCCCUGCACAUUCUGGUGCACAAGCUCAGAGACUUUCCCUCCGCUGAGGCCUUUUGCGUGUGGGCCUCUUCUGGUCGCGAUCCUGCGUACCGGCAGCGGCUGUUUCACCUGCUCCUGGAGGAGUAUUUAGGAGGAGAACCUCGAGUCGGAGGAGGCGGCGAGCUGGAAAUGGCAGCGGUAGACGUCUUAAAUAGGCACGGCGAGGUGUUUGACGCUGUCAGGGUGUUGCGGGUGCUUCCUGAAAGCUGGUCGCUGCAGCUGCUGCGGCCCUUUCUAAACCGCGCCAUCAGAGCCAGUAUGCACGCCCGCCACACCUCUCAAAUCGCUGUGGGCCUAGCACAUUCAGAAAACGUUCAGCUGCUGCACGACCGGUUGAAAGAGCGCAAGAAACCGAUCUUUGUCUCAGAAAAGAAGGGAUGCCACCUCUGCCACAACACCUUUAAGGAGCCAGAUGUGGUGUGUCUGCCUGGAGGAGUCCCCGUUCACACUCACUGUGUCGCUCAGAGAAUAAAAGACUCUCCCACAAAGAGACACUUGACUAAUAGCAGCAAUCAUACGUGAGACCAGGCAUGUCCCGCCGUCGUCUGGUCAGUGACGGGAGGCACAGAUGCACUAAGACUAUUGACAGCUGUUGGCCAUAGAAGAGCCAGAAGCACAUCUGUUUUUAUUGAGGGAUUUGCUGUGGAGCCGAAAAGUAAAACGCAGGGAGAGCCGGUCCAGAGUCGAUGGCAGAAACUGGUUAUACCAUGUAUUUAUUUGUGUGCUGGCACUCGUACCGCUGCGAGUUUAAGCUCGGUAGAAUUCUCAGCCCGUCCCAUCUUAUGCUCUCACGGUUAAUUCACAGAUUUACGAACCCCUUUUAAAUGACAGCGAUGACGUUUAAAACCUGCUGCGAAUAUUUGUCUAAGCAUGCGUUGUUUUCCACAGCUCUGCUCCAAUCAACUUGCUUUGUACAAAUACUGUUCUACCUUUCAUAUCACAUGUGAUUUCAAUGUGAACACCCUGCAGAUGUCGAUAAAGAAAUUUUUGCCUUAAAAUCAAAUGCUAAUCUUAAAGCAACAUUUUAUUCUUAAGUCUUUUCUGUUGUAAGAGUUUACAUUGAAUUUGCAGUAAAACGUCUUUAAUUCUGCUGAUGAUUAACAGAAAAACAAUUUUCCUCUCAGACCAAUUCAUAAUACCUAACAAAAUCAUGCUAAAUUUAUCAUUUAACAUCACGUUAAAUGUUAUGUUGUCCAGUUGAUAUGUGAAAUCUCUCUGAAAAUGCUAUAAAUGUUACCAGACUUCC